AGUUAUUUAAUCUUGAAAUUGGAAUUAAACUGCUCUUUUUAAGCCCGUGGUGGGGUUUGUUCUUACAUCUGAGGCAUGCAUGAUUGAGUUUUGGCUGAUGGAGCUGCAGCUGAGGGUGGAGGAAAGGGUUAAAGCGGAGGUGCAUUAGAGAUGCGUGCAGGAGCGGAGGGGAGGAGGCGCAGCACUGAGACAUUGUCAUGCAAACAGAGACCACCGCCUCGCCAUUGUCUCCCGGACACCAACUUUAUUAUAAACACACACCGCGAGCCGCCCGGCGCUCAGAGCACCGGACACCGGGACCUGACACUCGCACAGCCGCCCGUCCGUCCACAUGUACAAAAUGGAUUACUCGUAUCUGAACACGUAUGACUCGUGCAUGGCGGCGAUGGAGGCGAGCGCGUACGCGGACUUUAACUCCUGCAGCCAGAGCAACGGCUUCCAGUACAACCCGAUCCGCUCCGGCUUCAGCUCCGGCCCGGCCUGCGCUCCGCUCGCCACCGCCAGCUGCACUCUGGGCGCGCUCCGGGAGCACCAGCCUGCGCCCUACUCCACAGUGCCGUAUAAGUUCUUCUCGGAUGCGUCGGGUCUGAAUGAGAAGCGAAAGCAGCGUCGGAUCCGCACCACAUUCACCAGUUCCCAGCUGAAGGAGCUGGAGCGAGUGUUUGCUGAAACACACUAUCCUGACAUCUACACACGCGAGGAGCUGGCGCUCAAGAUCGACCUGACGGAGGCACGCGUACAGGUCUGGUUCCAGAACCGAAGGGCCAAAUUCCGCAAGCAGGAGCGAGCGGCGAACUCUAAAGCGUCGAGCAGCUCUGGCGGGAAGAAACCCAGCGAUGCGCGCUCUUCAUCUGAAGACGACGAGUCCAAAGAGUCGACCUGCAGCCCGACGCCUGACAGCACCGCUAACAUGAGCAGCCCCGGGGCCCGCAGCAGCCUGAGCCCCAGCCCCGCCCCUGGCCCCGCCUCCACCUUCAGCCCCGCCUCCAUCUCCCCCGCCCUCAAGAGCUCACCCUGGCCCAGCCUGGGCUCUGGGACCCCGGGGCCCACACACACGCACACGCAGGAGCUGCUGAAGGCCUGGCAGCCGGCGGACAGUAUGAGCGGACCCUUCGCCGGGGUCCUGUCCAGCUUCCACAGGAAAAACAACACCAUCAAGAGCAACCUCUUCUAGAGCCCCGCGCUGACUCUGGACUCGCUCACAGUAAAGACUCGUGCACAACGCUAGCGUUAUCACUCGCGUUUAUCGUCAGCGUUUGUCGCUCGCAUUUAUCAUCUGAAUUUGUCGCUCACGUUUAUCGCCCGAGUAUGUCGCUCGCAUUUAUCGUCAUCAUUUGUAUCUCACGCUGAUCAUCUGAGUUUGUCGCUCUCGUUUUUUAUUGUUGUUUGUCGCUCACAUUUAUUGUCUGAGUUUGUCGCUCGCAUUUACCAUCUGAGUUUGUCACUCGCGCUUAUCACUGUUUUUCGCUCGCAUUUAUCGUCUGAGUUUGUCACUCGCAUUAACAAUCUGAGUUUGUUGCUUGCGUUUAUUAUCAGCGUUUGUCACUGCCGUUUAUUAUCCGAGUUGACUUUUUCGCUUGCAUUUAUUAACUAAGUUUGUCACUCGUGUUUAUCACCACCGUUUGUCGCUCGCAUUUAUUGUCUGAGUUUGUCGCUCGCAUUCACCAUCUGAGUUUGUCGCUCGUGUUUAUCAUCAGCGUUUGUCGCUUGCGUUUAUCAUGAGUUUGUCGCUCACUUUUAUCAUUGAAGUUUGUCAUUCACAUUGUCUUCAGCAUUUGUCGCUGGUGUUUAUCAUCAUUAUUUGUCACUGGCGUUUAUCAUCCGAGUUUGACAUUCGCAUUUAUUAUGAUUUUGUCGCUUGCGUUUAUUAUCAAAGUUUGUCACUCACAUUUAUUGUCGCUCGCAUUAACAAUCUGAGUUUGUUGCUUGCGUUUAAUAUCAGCGUUUGUCACUGCCGUUUAUUAUCCGAGUUUGACGUUCGCGUCUAUCAUGAAUUUGUUGCUUGCGUUUAUGAUGACUUUGUCGCUCGCAUUUAUUAACUAAGUUUGUCGCUCGUGUUUAUCAUCACCAUUUGUCGCUUGCAUUUAUUGUCUGAGUUUGUUGCUCGCAUUCACCAUCUAAGCUUGUCGCUCGCGUUUAUUCGAGUUUAAUGUUCGCAUUUAUCAUGAGUUUGUCGCUCGCGUUUAUGAACUAAGUUUGUCACUCGCGUUUAUCAUCAGCGUUUAUCACUCGCAUUUAUUGUUCGAGUUUGUUGCUCACAUUAACCAUCUGAGUUUGUUGCUCGUGUUUAUUGUCUGAGUAUGUUGUUCACAUUUAUCGUCAGUGUUUUUCACUUGAAUUUAUCGUCUUUGUUCACUCUCGUUUAUUGUCAGCAUUUGUUGUUUGUGUUUAUCAUCAGCGUUUGUCACUCUCGUUUAUCAUCUGCGUUUGUCACUCUCAUAUAUUAUCAGCGUUUGUCACUCUCGUUUAAUCAGCGUUUGUUACUCGCGUCUAUCUUCAGCCGUCAGUAAUUGUUUUACGGGUGAGUGAACAUGCAAAAUCACUUCCUGACACUAGAUGGUGCCUGAUAAAAAAAUACUUAAUAAGAAAUACCAAUGCAAUGCCACAGCAAUUCGUAACUUUUUAAUUUUUAAAAAGCUUUACUUUGAUGCGCUUUAAUAUGAUAAGUAUAUAUUAAUUAAUACACACAAACACCUGAGCUGCAUGAAAAAUUGAAUACUAAAGUAUGUACGAAUUCCGAUGUAAUACUGUAUUUGAUUUUGACUUUACUUUUACUUUACUGUCUAUAUAGUAUGAAAAUUAAUAGAAUGAAUGGAAUUCGAAUGUACUAAUGUCAUUUGUCGUUAUGACGUGAUCUAUCUACGUUAGUAGCAUCACUUUACUCAAAUUGUUGGUCAUUUGAGUACUUCUCGCCUGCUGUUUUUUUUUCCGAAUACUAUAUAUUCGAAUACUAUGUUCAUUUUUGCAUACUAUAUAGUAGGGAGGGAUACGAUUUGAGCCUCAGCCCUAUUCAAAUAUUUGCAGGAAAAAGUCGCGUGCCAUGAAAUAAAAUUAAACAGAGCUCAGAACAAAUUUCUGCGUAAUCGGCUAGAUCGUUUUGUGCUUGAGUGCCACCAAGUGGUGUUUUAGUGUAACUUCAACAAUGAACAAAAGCUGCAAUCUCAUUGGUUGGACAGUUUUUAAGUGUUUUUUUUUUUAAAUAAACGACAAUUUUUUGUCUAGGGUUUUGUGCAUUUGGUGUGCACGCUCACAUUAGCGCUCUUCGUUUAGUCGUGAGGUGUUAAACGUCGACGAUAAUCGUGCGAUAAUAAUCAUGGUGUGCACGAGUCUUAAGAGUUCACUUGUUCAUCUGUUAAUGCAUUAUUAUUAUUAUCACACAUCUUCUGGCAGACGUUCAGUUAGAAGCAGGUUAACUGUAGAUAUACUGCCAUCCAAAGGCAGAGCGCAGUAGCUACACUUUGUGUCUUAAAGGGACAGUUCACCCAAAAAUGUGAACCAUUGAUAGCGUCUACAUUUGGUAGAUGUGAAUUAAAUGAGAAGUUUCAACCGUAAAAAACAUGAUUUAAUGCAGAAACAAGCAAACAUGAUGGCCAGUUUCAUCUUAAUGGUGCAUUAACUGAUGAUCCCAGAUCAGCUCUUACUGUACGCUGAUGUGCUUUACUUACUGUCCUGUCGGCACUUCUGUUCAGUGUGUGUGUGAGAGAGAUGUUUGUGUGUUUGCAUGAAUGUGUAAGAGAGAAAUUGUGAGUGAUUGUGUGUGUUUGAGUGUGCAAUGCUUGUUUCUGUGUGUAUUUCUGUCUAUAAGAGCGAGCGAGACGAGUGUGUUUGUGUUUAUUUGUCUAAGUGUGUGUGUGUGACCCCAGAAAUAAGCGUAGUUAAGCCACAUGUAGUUAAUUUAUUAAAGAAAAAAAAAAGAAAAAAACUAAACAAAAACUGUUGGGAAGGUCAGAUGAUUUUUUUAAGCUAGGCUUUUAUUGAGAAAUAUUUUGUAAAUAUUAAUAUAAAUACGAUGUAGGUUUUUUUAUGUUUUCUGGCUCCAGUGCACGCCAUUGUGUUUCCUGAAUGACCUGCUGUAUAUAUUAAUCAAAAAAGUCACUGAAUAAAGACACUGAGAAUCAAUAAA